CAAGUGGGUGCUUUUUAACACUGGUUUCCGUUCUUGUGUAAAAAAAAUUGUGCCCGACAACCAAAAUAAAUUUUCGUAACUUCCAAAAUUAUUCCGAGAUCCCGAGAAUCAAGGUUAAAAGAGCUGAAAAUACGAGCUACUUUAACUCAAGACUUCACAAAGCGUAGAGGGUCAUCACGCUUAAAAUGUCCAUUACUCUGGAUUUUGAUGCCAAACAAUUGGCAAAAAGUAAACAACUCAGCCUGCAUUAUUUGCCCGCCAAAAUUCAAGGUGAUGGCGAGGCAAACGUGGAGAAAUGUUUUAAUAACUACACCCGCGAGAAUCCUGAUUAUGGAUCUGGAAUCUUAACUAACUCCUUGCGUGGUUAUCCUCUCUUGGGUCAGCAAGCAAAUGUCCCCAGCGGAUAUAAAGGUCUCGUACUCCAGGAGACAGAGAAACCCUUGAUAGACACGGCGGAGAGACAAUUACGUUUGACGGGACAAUUUGAUGAGUUUAUAUACUGGAAUUACGAUAAAGUCCCCUCCAAUGCGGAUGGAUAUAGGCAGGCUUUGCUUAUGACAGAUGUGGCAGAGGCGUUGAUGUACCAACCCAUUAAACAAGAGGAUUUGGAUGCUGAAAUCCAACGCCACAAGGAGAGCAAAAAGGAAAACUCAUAGAUUAUAGGUGCGCUUAUAGCGUUUAUAUAUAUAUAUAAUGUAUAGUAUUCCAAAAGCUAUUCAAAUAUCUUCACAAUUUUCAUACACUUUA